GAUGAAAAGUGGGAGCAAAAGAAAAGUAGAAAAUAAAAAAGUAUGAGUGGAGAUAGCAGACAAAGGUAGAAUACUGAGGUAGGAAAGAAAACUAUGGUGUAGGAGCUUCAAAUAAAGAGACUCACUCAACCGUAGAGAGGAAAAUGGUGGUGUUGUAUAAUAGAAGACGAAGUGGUUAAUCUCUUUCUCUUUCUUUCUCUCUCUCAUCCAUGUCUUCCAGUACCACCAACAAAACCCACUGAAGCAAAUUAUCAUGAUGAAACUCCCUCUGCACCCUGCACUCCGAAAAAGCGAUUAUCAUCCUCAUCAAAAUCUUCCUUCCCUUAAAUUUACCCCUUUCAACACCACCCUCUUCUCAUCCACAACUCCCACCACCCCAAAACCAUGAAACCUUUUCUUCUCUUUCUCAUCACAUUCUCCUUCCUCUGUCAAACACUUCUCUCUGCCACGACCCUGCCUCUUCAACUCAUCUCCCUCCUCUCACUAAAAUCAUCCCUCCAAGACCCUCUUAACAACCUCCAUGACUGGGAUUAUUACAACUCCUCCAACUUCACUUCCCAACACCCCAUAUGGUGUUCGUGGAGAGGCAUCACGUGCCACUCCAAAACCUCACAAAUCACCACCCUCGACCUCUCCCACCUCAAUCUCUCCGGCACAAUCUCACCCCAAAUCCGCCAUUUAUCCACCUUGAACCACCUUAACCUCAGCGGAAAUGACUUCGGCGGGAGCUUCCAGUACGCCAUUUUCGAACUACCGGAACUCAGAACUCUGGACAUCAGCCACAACUACUUCAACUCAACCUUCCCACCCGGCACAUCAAAGCUCAAGUUCCUCAGGCACUUCAACGCCUACAGCAACAGCUUCACCGGACCCCUCCCCCACGAGUUAACCACCCUUCGUUUUCUGGAACACCUGAACCUCGGCGGAAGCUACUUCAGUGACCGGAUUCCGCCCAGUUACGGCACUUUCCCCAGACUCAAGUUUCUCGACUUAGCCGGCAACGCCUUGGGAGGUUCGCUUCCACCCCAAUUAGGCCACUUGGCUGAACUGGAACACUUGGAAAUUGGGUACAACAAUUUCUCAGGAACACUACCUUCGGAACUCUCAUUGCUCUCUAAUCUCAAAUACUUGGACAUCUCAACCGCUAACAUCUCAGGGAACGUGAUUCCGGAGCUGGGAGAACUCACCAACCUGGAGACACUUUUGCUGUUCAAGAACAGGUUAACAGGAGAAAUCCCAGCAACCAUUGGAAGAUUGAAGUUUCUUAAAAGCCUUGACCUCUCAGAUAACCAACUCACAGGGCCAAUCCCCACCCAAGUCACCAUGCUGACGGAACUAACCACGCUCAACCUCAUGGAAAACAACCUCACCGGAGAAAUACCACAGGGAAUCGGAGACCUACCAAAGCUUGAGAUUCUGUUCCUCUUCAACAACUCACUCACCGGAACCCUCCCUCAGCAACUUGGCUCCAACGGGUUACUACUGAAACUCGACGUUUCCACAAACUCACUCGAAGGUCCAAUCCCUGAAAAUGUCUGCAAAGGUAACAGGCUCGUGAGGCUCAUACUCUUUCUCAACAAGUUCAGUCAUACCCUUCCACCGUCCCUUGGCAGCUGCACCUCGCUCGCUAGGGUUCGCAUCCAAAACAAUUUCCUCAACGGUUCAAUCCCCGAAGGCCUCACGCUCCUCCCUAACCUUACAUUCCUAGAUAUCAGCAGCAACAACUUCCAGGGUCCGAUUCCGGAACACUUGGGUAACUUGCAGUACUUCAACAUCUCCGGAAACUCCUUCGGAACCUCCUUACCUGCGUCUAUUUGGAAUGCAACUAAUCUCGCGAUCUUCUCCGCGGCUUCGUCGAACAUCACCGGUCAAAUUCCAGAUUUCAUUGGGUGUCAGCAACUGUAUAAGCUCGAAUUGCAGGGAAAUUUCAUCAACGGAACGAUUCCAUGGGACAUUGGACACUGCCAGAAGCUAAUUUUGCUCAAUCUGAGUCGAAACUCACUCACCGGAAUCAUUCCCUGGGAAAUCUCCACUCUCCCCUCCAUCACCGACGUUGAUCUCUCGCACAAUUCCCUCACCGGAACCAUUCCGUCGAACUUCAACAACUGCUCCACUCUCGAGAAUUUCAACGUGAGUUUCAACUCCCUCACCGGUCCAAUUCCCUCGUCCGGCAUCUUCCCGAACCUCCAUCCUUCCUCCUACUCCGGGAACCAGGGCCUCUGCGGCGGCGUGUUGGCCAAACCCUGCGCUGCCGACGCCCUCGCCGCCUCCGCCGACGACCAGGUCGACGUCCGCCGCCAGCAGCCGAAGCGAACAGCCGGUGCAAUCGUGUGGAUCGUGGCCGCCGCGUUCGGCAUCGGGCUCUUCGUGCUGGUUGCCGGGACGCGGUGCUUCCACGCGAACUACAACCGGCGGUUCGGAGAGGAGGUCGGGCCGUGGAAGUUAACGGCGUUCCAGCGGCUGAAUUUCACGGCGGACGACGUGCUGGAGUGCUUGUCGAUGUCCGAUAAGAUAUUAGGAAUGGGAUCGACGGGGACAGUUUACCGCGCCGAAAUGACCGGCGGCGAGAUCAUAGCGGUUAAGAAGCUUUGGGGAAAACAGAAGGAGAAUAUCCGCCGGAGAAGAGGGGUUCUGGCCGAGGUGGAGGUGUUGGGAAACGUGAGGCACCGGAAUAUCGUGAGGUUGUUAGGGUGCUGCAGCAACAGGGAGUGCACCAUGCUGCUCUACGAGUACAUGCCCAAUGGCAACUUGGAUGAUUUGUUGCAUGCCAAAAACAAAGGUGAUAAUCUCGUCGCUGAUUGGUUCACAAGGUACAAGAUCGCCUUGGGCGUUGCUCAGGGAAUCUCCUACCUCCACCACGACUGCGACCCCGUCAUCGUCCACCGCGAUCUCAAACCCAGUAACAUUCUUUUAGACGCUGAAAUGGAGGCAAGAGUCGCCGAUUUCGGCGUCGCAAAGUUGAUUCAGACCGACGAAUCCAUGUCCGUCAUUGCCGGAUCCUAUGGCUACAUUGCUCCAGAAUAUGCUUACACCCUUCAAGUGGAUGAGAAGAGCGACAUUUACAGCUAUGGAGUGGUGUUAAUGGAGAUUCUGAGCGGAAAACGUUCAGUGGAAGCAGCAUUUGGAGACGGAAACAGCAUAGUGGAUUGGGUGAGGUCAAAGAUAAAAUCAAAAGAUGGAAUUGAUGACAUAUUGGACAAGAAUGCAGGAGCAGGGUGCAGUUCAGUGAGAGAAGAGAUGAUUCAGAUGCUGAGAAUUUCAUUGCUCUGCACCAGUAGAAACCCUGCAGAUAGACCUUGUAUGAGGGAUGUUGUGUUGAUGCUGCAAGAGGCAAAGCCCAAGAGAAAAUUGCAGGAUAGUGUUGUAGGUGGAUUUGGAGGGGACAAUGUGGUUGCUGCACCUGACAUUCCCCUCCCACAAAAGCCAAUCGCAGAACAAUGCUAAUGUGUUUAUAUCAUUCAAAUGGUUUUUUUCUUUUUUUGGAUAUUUUAUUUUUUCUUAUUGUGGGGGAUUGGUAUAGGAGAAAGUCAUUUUCUAUUUUACUUGCAAUGGAAUUUCAAGUGUUACUACUUCUUCUAGUUU